UAUCACAGAGUAUUUUUUUUUUUUUCUUUUUUUUUAAUUUAAUUUAACGAAGUUUCCCAUAAUUGUCAUCAAAAGACUCGUUUAACACAAUAUCAAGGCCUUUCCUUUCAUACUGCAUCGUAUUUUUAUUUUAAGAAAUAUUUUGAAUUAUUGAUAUUUUUAUAUCAUAUUUAAAGAGGUGAAUAUUAUUUUUUUUCCCGAAGUUUUAAUUCCAUACAUCUAAUGGACACUAUACAAGUAGCUAGCGGAUGAGCCUACAAACAAAUGUAAACAGUACAGGAACGUCUUAACUGCUAAAGUAGCUAGUUUGUGCUAAGGCAAGAGCAGCUGGAGGUAAACUAAAAAUGAAUCGAAUUCAGAAAAACAGGUUGGCUCGGCCUCCUGGCACCCAAGGAGCUGAGCUUGAAAAUCAGUUUGUUCUUCGGCUGCCCUUGGCCCAAGCACAAAAUUUGAAGGAAGCUAUUAAGCAGGGACAGACGAACAUCAAAGAUCGGCUUUCCAUCCAGUUAGAUUUCACCAACGACAAAGAUGAUAUGCGCAAUGGUAUCAUCACCUUUGAUACCAUCAUGUACAAAGCAAGGCUUGUGGAUAUCCCUACAAUUAUGGAAACCUGGAAGACCAUUGAUGGCAAGAAUUUCUACAAAACCGCUGAUGUUUGUCAG